CAAGGCAUAUUACGCAUAUAUAUUUAUACAUACAUAUAUAUAAAUAUGUUCACUUCCAUCAGUGGCCCAUGUGUGUGUAACGAAGAGUCGGCCAUCGUUCAGCAGCGGAGGGUGAUAACGUCGCUAUAUUACCAGGAGCGUUAACAUGAGCAAAUAUGUGCGUUAUAGUCCUUGAAGAAACGAUAUAGCCCAGAUUUGUGUACAUGUGCUCAUCGAAUGAUUAUUACGGCUGUUACUCAUAUCAUGAUUACUAAUGUUACUCUUUAUUAGCAUGAAGACAUCUAACGAAAGUUAUCUAUGUAUGUCUGCAAAAUUUAGUGAAAAAUUUUAUACAUUUAAAUGCGAUUACGUCCUCCAUUGUCUUCGGUCACAAAACCAACUUCUUUACCUUGCCAAUCUAUAAAAAUUUCAACGAUUGAAAGGUUUUUAGCCAAACUAGCGGACAUCGCUUUUGUAUUCAGCACUGAUCACGUGAUUGUUGAAAGAUUAUUGUUCAUCAAUAACUCAAGUAAAAAAAAUAUUGUUGCAAUGAAAGGACCCUGAUUAGAAUGGGAUAAGAAAUCGAUAUGAUGUCUUUCUAAAUUCCGGAUGUCGACUUUCGCCAACGGAUCUAGAAAGUCUAGAAUAAGCAAUAACAAUAAUGCAGAAAGCUAUCUAAAUAGAUGAUGAAAAUAACUGCAGGCCUGUAUAAUGCCGAUAGAUUUUUAGAGCUGUUAGCUUUAAUUAAGACCAAUUAAAUUGAGAAGAUGCCGCUAUGAUAUUUUGUACGUUAAGGUAGAUUACGCAAGAUACAACAAGAUGCCGAAGAGUAUAUAUGGCACAUGGGUAUAUAUAUAUAUAUAUGCAGAAGUGACGACUCUAAUGUAUAUAAGUGAUUACUGACGAUAUAUUAUGCUUACAGUAACACGUAAAUCGUCUUUCCGGCAUCUUUAUACGUUCUGUCUUAAUAGUACCUUAAAUUGAAUGGAUGUUUAGCCAAACUAACCUGAAAGAGGCACCUACCAUAUAAUUAUUCAAUAUUUCUGAGUAGAACAUGUUGUUCCUAAAAGCGUAAGGAAGAAGAUGGUUUCUGUCUACGUGAUUAAUACAUGAAAAACAAAAUGAGUUUAUUUUAGAUAUACGUGUCAAGCGUGCUCUGCAUUCUCCUCGUAAAACACAUGAUGUAGUGGUGUGAUAGCAUAUUUGAAGCUUCAUGUCUUGUAAAAAUGGGUCGUACUUUAAAAACGAUCCACUUUGCUCUAGAAGGUCCAAAAUAAAGUAUCUUUCAUUAUAUUAAUUAGGUGAGGAUAACAACAAUAGUUGACGAUAGAGGAAGAUAAACCAUCAAUUUUUGUAAUUUAAGAAUGUUACUAUUAAUGUGCGGCACCAAGCAGGAGUAGGCCGAGUAAAUAAAUGCAUUUAUAAACAUUGCAGAAGUUCUAUAAAUACAGAAGCAGAUCGUCUUAAUGUUGCGACGUUAUUGCAUUAUCUGUUAAUACUAUCUGUAGAGUGAGGGACUUUAAUUCCGUACUGAAGCAAAAUUUGGGAACUUGCCACGUGCCGUAAAUUUCGGUAACUUUAUACAGAAGCCGGAUUUCACAUUUCAAGACAUUUUGGAGGUCGGUCGCUAAACUUUUGGCGCCAACAGUCGGACGCGGCAACCGGCUACGUCCAUUCAAUAUCAUUUUCUUCACAAGAGGCAUUUAUUUCAUGGUGCUCGUCAUCCAAGCAGUGCUUUCUAACGUACAGUCAAAUUGAUGUCGCGCCAAGUGCAAUUGUUCUUAGCGAAUUUUUUUCACCACUAAAUACCAAUAAAUGAUAUUUUUAAGAGUUACUUAUGUAAGACAGCCCCUGAGGUGCACAAAUGGUCUCAGUAAGUGGGCUGACUUUGGCCAGCCUAAUCAUGACAAAGUCAGAACUGCUAUACACCAACGCAUCUUUGCGUUUUCGAUGACAUCAAUAACGAUACCUGGAGUAUAUGAUACGAGCAACAACUGUGACCACGCGCAUAUCGUUGUUGUUCGAUUACUCUGUUUGAUAUUGGUUCAAGUAGGAAGUUUACAUGGGUUAGUAUAUGGGCAAAGCAUUCCUCAGUCGGCUCCAGAAAAAAUGAGAUGAAAUCACGUACAUGAUACCGAUAAUACAAUAAUGAGGAGCGGAGCACAUGGAUUUCCAUACGUUGAGGUACGCAUCACAGUAUGACCGACUGUCUACAUCCUAUGAAACGAAUUGGGUUAAACGGGUCCAGAAAGAUAGCUUUACAGUUGAAACGACAUUGGAAUGAAGAAAAACCUCACAGAUAUUUUCUUCUCUCGGUUACUGGGUUUACGACAUUGGUGCGUAACAUAAAAACCAAGACAACCCACAUAUACGGCACUAGCGUGUGAACCAAACAGUCAGAUCUUUCUAGAGCUAACGCGCAGGGCUGUCGAACCACUGCUAAAUGCAGUAGCUUGCGUGAGUAGCUGCUAAUUUUUUUUGUCUGAAUUGAAAAUUGCCUGCCAAGAUGGUCAGUCCUUGGUCAAAACAGCCGUUCACAACAAAUAUUAAAACGAAUGUUUUUCUUUUUUGUUCUUUGUUUUAUUUACUAUAAUCGGCUUUCAGCAGUCUUGCUGGAAAAAUGGGCCGCCUAAAAAUAGGUAUCUAGCGGUACACUAAAUAUAACUCUUGCUGAGCCACAACAGCGACAGUCUACAUCCAAGUAAUCGUAUGCGUAGCUAAAUUCAGUUGCAAUCAGUUUGCAUUCCUUGGAUUGCACUAUGUAUACAUUUAAGAUCUAUAAAUUGAAAAUAUGUACAUGCCUAAUCCUUUUCAUUUCUACAUUUGAACUAUUACCGGCAUUUUUUCAAAUAUCCCGAAGUAACUUCUUUUUAUCGUUUCCUCAUCUGUUACUAAUGGCUUUCUGGAUGCUCAAUACCACACAAGUUCAUCUCAUGCGUAAUGUUUGUCUAGGUGCGCAUACAAUUCAAUCGUUACAUCGGGGCCCGAGACAUUCUCUAGAUAGAGACAUCCUAUCUCACAUUUACAUUGACCGUAUUUGUGGUCUUUCAUGGGGUCGGCACGAUUCUCCCAUUCUGCUCCUGGUCGGUGGAAUUGUGCGACCGUUUGACAAGCGCAAACCGCUUACGAAGAGCUUGGCUUUUACCAUGGUACUCGUUGACUGACGAAAGAGUAAUCAACGCCGUCACAGCGGUCACGAAUAUAUUUCCCUGCUGACUCCCCAACGAUGACUCUGUUUUUGACCUGAGAGUUUCUAGAGAAUCCCAAGGCAAGAGAAAGAGAAAGCGGGCAAAAGGAUAACGCAGCAGCACAGCAUGACUGGGCAACAAUGCACACAGCAUAUGCAGUAGGCAUAUGAAAGGGUGAAAUUUUUCUCAUAUAGUGCGAUACGCACACGCAACAAAGCGAACCCCCAUGAACAGUGGCCACAAAAGACAAACACACGUAUGAACAGUUGGAGGAGUCGAGGGAGAGCCCACAGCGAACAGGUGCAAGCUUUUCCGACAGAAGAGAGGAUUCGGUGCAAAUAGCAGCGGCGACAGCUUGGGGAGUCGGAUCUUUCUUGCCAUUUGUGCGACGCCGGUCGCAGCCCUGGCGUCUUUAUGAUUCACCGUUCGUCGACCGGCGUUUGUCGGCAGCUGGAAUCUGCUGUCGACAAAGACGACAUCAGGUUGAAAACGGGACGAGACGCUUUUCCAUUUUUCCGCCACUGACGCAGCCGUUACCGAAACUUCUCGACCAUCAUCGUUGCUACACACUAUUCAGAUUUAUCCAGUUCACAUGAUGAGGAGACGAAGCUGACAUCAAGCCCCCUUGUGGCAUCUGCCUCGUUGCUUCCUGCUUCUGUGUGAGCGACGGAUUAUUUCUACAAUACAAACUGUGUUGGCUACACAAGCGCCUCCUUUCUAGGAGGCGCUUCUCUUCAGACUUCCGUUCGAUUCGGGGGUUCACCUCGACCGAACGUAUUACGGCGAUCGUCACUCCUGGAAGUCGGUUAACAGAACACACGGGAUGCUCAGUGGGUUGGGGGGUGCGUCUGGGAUGGCUGUUCUGAGCAGUGGCGAACAUACCGAUAACUCUUCAUCACUGUUGCAGAGCGGACACCCCCCAAAUUUAGGGCUGGUUUCCACGUCGCUAGCGGAAAAUAACAUUGCUAUGAGCAUUGGCAGUGGCAACAAUAGCAUCAACAACAUGAACAGCCAGAACUCGUCAAUUCCUGUGAUUCGAGCACCGACCCUCCGAAGGGGUCGGGAUGUCAUUCCACUAUCUGAGAGGGUAGAAUUGGAGCGCGUUCUUGGACUAACCGUGACUAGCAGCGCCGCCGUGGCUGUUGACCCGCUUACCGCAACCGUUGCCUAUCCAGCUGGAUGUGUAGUGAUUUUGUACAAUAGUAAAACGAACCGGCAGACCCACAUUGUAUCACCGUCAAAAAAGACAAUUACUUCGUUGGCUUUCUCAUGGGACGGGAAGUUCCUUGCGACUGGCGAGUGUGGUCACCAACCCCAGUUACGAAUCUGGGACGUCGAGCGACGCCAGCAGCUCGCCGAGUUCCCUGGCCAUAAAUACGGAAUUAAUUGUGUGGCCUUUUCCCCCAACUUAAAAUAUGUCGUUUCAGUCGGAAGCCAACAUGAUUCUGUCGUCAAUGUUUGGGACUGGCGAAGCGACACGAAGGUCGCAUCAAAUAAAGUCUCCUCCAAGGUGAAGUCGGUGACAUUCGCGGCCUCGGGUAAUUAUUUUGUAACCGUCGGCAACCGGCACGUCAAGUUUUGGUAUUUGGAACAUGCCAAAUUGAUCGCUAACAUGGCGGAACCAAUGCCAUUGAUGGGGCGCAGCGCUAUCCUGGGUGAUCAACGAAACAAUAACUUCUGUGACGCGGACUGCGGAAAAGGGGCGCUUCACGAAAACACCUAUGCCAUUACAAAAAGCGGUCUUCUGUGUGUCUUCAAUUCACGAAGACUCCUGGACAAAUGGGUCGAGUUGAAAACGUCAGUAGCGAACUCAAUCAGCGUCGGCGAAGACCGAAUCUUCGUCGGCUGUAGCGACGGUACCGUGCGUUGUUUUGACCCAUUGUCGCUGCACUUUGUUUGCACUUUGCCAAAACCUCAUCACUUAGGAGUUGACAUCGCCAAAGGAGUCAGUCCCAACGCUGUGAUGUACCACCCCGAGAACUCCCGCUACCCCGAUGUCGUAGCAUUGACGUAUGACGAAGUACAUAAACGGGUUACGUGUGUCUACAACGACCAUUCUCUUUAUGUUUGGUCGGUGGUGGAGCCCAAGCGAGUGGGCAAAUGCUUCUCGUUCCUAUUUCAUGCCGCCUGCAUCUGGGGCAUUGAAACAUAUUCUAGUGCGUUACAGGGCCUACCAAAAGGAACAUUCCUUACGUGCUCUAGCGAUGACACGAUUCGGGCAUGGAACUUACAUGAUAGCUCGGUCAAACGCAACAUCUUUUGCCCUGAACUACUUAAAAUCAUUUAUAUGGAUUCUCGAUUAAGCUACAUCACUGAUAUCGACCUAACGACCCAGAACAGUGCUACCGGUGGAUCAAGCGAAAAAGUCGACGCAAACUACGAUGGCAAGAAUGGUGUCCGUUGCAUGAAGAUCAGCCAUGAUGGAAGCCAUCUUGCGUGCGGAGACCGAUCUGGAAAUAUCACUAUCUUCGGAGUUCCACAAAUGGAACAGCUGGGAAAAAUUGAGGCUCACGACUCGGAGGUCCUCUGCCUCGAGUAUACCUCGCCGGCAGCGUGUGGUUUCCGACACCUUCUGGCGUCAGGAUCGCGCGACCGAUUUAUUCAUAUCUUUGACGUGGCAAGAAGUUAUCAGUUCAUCAAAACACUGGCCGACCAUUCGAGUUCAAUCACAGCUCUCAAAUUUGUCCGUUCGCCGCUUCAAGGCUCUCUCUCGAGUUCUGGUCAGAACAACGUGCAGAUGAUUUCGUGCGGAGCGGACAAGCAAAUCAUCUUCCGAAGAGCACAGCUACCUGCUGAAUCUUCUUCAUCUGCUGACAUUCACUUCAACAGGGAACACCUUGUGAGUGGGAAAUGUACAUUGUUCGACAUGGAGCUUGAUGGAGCGGAAAAGCAUAUACUGACGGCCUGCCAAGAUCGACACGUUCGAGUUUAUUCCGUAACAUCCUCAAAGAAUACGCGCACAUUCAGGGGGGCCCAAGGAGAGGAUGGUACUCUAAUUAAGGUGGUUCUGGAUCCGAGUGGAACGUUUUGUGCGACCUCAUGCACAGACAAAUCGAUCUACGUCUACGAUUAUCAAACGGCCGAAUGCCUUGCCCAAAUGUUUGGCCAUUCGGAGCUUGUUACCGGGCUACGAUUUUCCGACGACGGUCGCAACCUGAUCAGCGUUUCUGGUGACGGUUGUAUCUUUGUGUGGAAACUUCCUGCUGAAAUAACGACUACGAUACGUUCAAAAAUGGGUUUAGUAAAUGAGCAGGAUAAUACUAUUAUUUGGGGAUCACAAGCACCUUCUCAACAAGGAACGCUUGACUCCAAGCUCGACGUUAAUGGAAAUAGGGGCCUCGGAGUGCAGAGUGCCCCACAGACACCCACCGAUGACGGCAAGCUCCCGAACUGGGCUAAGAAACGGGUAGGCGGCGGAGACUUGAGCGAGCUGGGUGUCGCAGCUAGCUCAGGCGUAAGUGACAGUAUAGGUCUGGGCGGUUCACUUGCACCCCCUCGUGGCAAAUGGGCUCAGAGCAUGGAGAGCAUGGAGCAAGGGGGACCCCUUGUCAUCAAAUCUGUUUUAGCUUCGGACCCGAUUGUCCACUUACCGCGGCUAAACAAAAGCAAGUCCGAAGGCGCUGUCAAUGUCGUCGUUAACGAGGACGAUGAAAAGGAUGAGCCCUCUAGCCAGGAAGCCAACAUCCACAGUAGCAACAGUUCAGGAUCAGGACUCCUCAACAACAACAACAGCAACAAUGUCUCCAACGCUGCUGCCAAUAACAAAACUAAUACCAGUGCCACUGCAACCGACGCAAACAUCUCCAGCAACAGCACCAAACAGAUGGGGCUACGUUCUCACAGCCCUCCGAAUGCCCUUCUUGGCCGCAUGCGACUGGCUCAUCAGCAAACCGACUCGAGUGGCGCCUCGUCUAUGAAGACAACAGGCGAUGAGGACGCGGACUGCGAACGAUCAGAUACUGAUCAAAGCGAGAAGGUGUUCUACCCACCUGCUGGUCAGAGCGGUCCUCCUUCAGGUGGAGGCUCGUCAUUUAGUGUCAAAAUGGGUCUACAGAAUAGCCUCUCGCAGCCCAGUUCGGGUGGCAGCUCGGGCUUUGUCGACCUUAUAGAAGCCCGUCGGAGGCUACGGAGUAGGGGCGGCCCUAAGGAUCUCCAACAAGAGUUGGCAAACAGUGAUCUAAACUCAGACUCUGACCGAGAUUCGGCUACACCAUCGAAAUUUACCGAUAGGGGUUCGUUGUUCAUGUCGACGGAAAACCUUGAAAGACUUGGGCAGCGUGAAAAGUUUAUGAAAUCGAAUUACGAAACCCUUGGACGAACCGCUGAAACUGAACAGGAUAUUGUACCCUCCUUGUUGCGUAAAAGCAUCACGGCCAAGUUUAAAACAAGUCCUGACGAAAUCGAAAAGAAAGCUGGGCCUCUGGAAAGUACGCCAAUAGCUAAGACUGGUCCGACGAUCUUUGAGAAGGGCUCACUAAUUUCGGGAGCCGCCAAUACGCCACUCAAGCCUCAGACGGGCAAAAAGCCCAUAAUGUCUCCGUGGGCAUCCGGCAACCAUCGUGAAGAGCUCAGCAAGGCUUUGCAAGAGGCAAAACAACGGCUUCAGGGCGUGGGCAAGGGCCACAAGUUGAGUACGUCGAAAAGUAUAGGCGAUCUACUCAGUCUAAAAGAUCGCAAGGACUUCGGCUCAGACACAGACAAGACGGAUAAAGACUCGCGUAAGGAGGAGCUCAUCCGUCGCAGUACGUCGAUGUCCGAUUUGGGCGGCGCCGCAAGACUCUUCACUACCGUCCGCAAAAAACCAGCUGUUAACGAUGGAACGGAAGAUGACGGCUCGUUAUUUUCGGGAGGCUGUUUUCUGUUUAGAUCGAGUAACAAUAACAGGAGCAUGAUACGCCUGGAAUCAAGUGAGAGUUGUACGGACAUUCGGGCAUUGCGUGAUCGCCUGCGAAGUGCCAAGAUGCAGCUCAGCUCCCAACAACAACAACAGCAGAGCCAGCAUCAAUCUUCGAACAGUUUCGGCCAACAGCAUUCGAGCUUGACGAGCGGCCUGGGGUCGUUGUCAGCCAGUGGAGGCAUUUGGGCACAGGCACAAAAACGUCAGUUCCCUUCGUACGCUACAACACCGAGAAAAUAUGGAGGGUCAAUGUCAAGGUCGGCGAGUAUGGGUAGUCUUAACAAUCCGGGAAUGUACGCGGCUCCAGCAGUUAGCGGAGGCCAAAACGAUCAGCUGGUGGGAGCCAACGGCCUAGGGCCAGGUGGACCUUUGGGAGGCAUCCAUCGAGCCCCCUCGGCCCACUCUUUACGCAGGGGAAACACCAACCUCACCAAAGUCAGGUCCUCAUCAGCACUAAACCGAAACUCGUUAAUAAACAAGCACCUUGUGUCACCUGAAUCUGACAGCGAUUCUGACUCAGAAAGCACCACGCUGAGUGACGCCGUCACGCAUAGGCACUCUUUGAGCCGAAGUUUCAGCCGGCAGAGCCAGGUGGGGCUCGUGACACCACAUAGCGGCCAGCAGCUGAAUCCACAACAGCAUCAACAGCAAUCGCAGCGAGGGCAAUUCACGCUUCCACGAAGAUAUAGCAGCAACGCAAACCAUGGCGAGGGUCCGCGCGCACUCGUCGAACCCAUGCCUCAGGCCUUAUCGCAGGUGGCAGUCGGCCACCAGCCGCUGUCACAGGAACUUUGUGACCGCGUCGCCGAAGAUUUGAAGCGCGUCACCAGACAGGCGAUUCAACUGUUCCAUAGGGUCACACUUAAUAUGGAACUGCCGCUGUCAGCGAAAUCGACAAUGACGCAGACUCUCGCCAGUUCUGUUCUGCAGGCCCAGCAGCACCUGAGCCUAGCGGCACCUCCACCGCCAAUGAAUCCAAUGACGCACGCCAUGCUGGCGCAGCAACAGGCCAUGAUAGGCCAUCAGAAUCACGCGCAUUCCACGGCUCAGCAUUCACAGCCACCACUGCCACAGCAGCAGACCCCGAACGUUACUCUGGAUGCUUCAGCAUUGUCUAUGUUACUUGGAGGUGCUGCGGCCUCGGGAGCCAACGCAGGCGCCGACCCCUCAGCCGGCAAUCAUUCGAUCAACAGUGUCCUUCAGCAGUACACGCAACACAUUCUGAAAAUGGUGGAGGAGAAAAUUAGCCAGGCUAAACCCGAUCCUGGCGCCAAAUAACUCAGGAUGGCAUGCAUCAUCGAGAAUCUACUCUAUGGUAAUAGAGUGGUGAUAUCGUUUCAAGGAAUACACUAUCGAUGAGUAUCAAUUUUAAUAUCGUUAAGCUGUAUCAUCUAUGUGGACAGAUUUCGACAAAAUGUACCAUCCGCAAGAAAUAACCGCUUCAUCUUUGGCGCAUGCCUCUGGGUCGAUUUAGACCAUCUGGGCAAGACCCGCCCUGCUUCCCUUCCCCCCUCCGAAAGCCAAACACCCGACGUCGAUAAUGAUCAAAGACAAAGUACUUCUUUACAUCUUUUUACACAUACUUUUAUAGAUAUUCCGCUGGAAUUUUUACGCGACUUUCAAAACAAACUGAAAGACGUGCAACUGCUAACUAACCGAUUGAUACGUUCGAAGAAGUUCUAGCGUAGCGUUUCCGCAGACGCGAACGACUUCCUAUGGCCACAGAAGCAGUAAAUGGCAUACAGGAGCAAAAAAGCCAAUGACGUCUUUCUGUAUGGUCAUACCAAGGUACAGAUUGAGGUAAACUCGUAGUUCCGGUUGAAACUCUUGUUAAAGACGAGAGGUCAAAUAGACUCAUCUAUUGCAAACCAUUUUCUCUAAAAAUCGUUGACUAUGCCGCAAAGCCUGUACGUUUACGAAGACAGUAGCUUACCAUGUAGGUAAGGAGAAUCGGACAUGGUAAUUGGCCAUUUGUAGGCACAGCUUUAUUUGUCAUGGGCUGCGUACAGCAUAGGUUGGGUUAUGGCAACAAAUGGUCCAGUAGCUUCUGGCGCAAAACAGAUGACGAAUGAACGAACGAACACGAAGACAGACACUAUGCUAUAUAUAUAAUGACUUCUAGCUCUUGUACAUAGCGGACAAUGGGACGUGCCAUAGCCGCCACCCUGUCUGACAUCACCUGUUUAGUGAACCAACAAGAAAAGAGCAUCAUUAUUAACUACGAAAUGACGACGAUCGUAACGAUACCGAACGAAAAUAACAUGAUUACCAGCUAUAUUAAUAAACAUAUACGUAAAGUAGAGGUUACACAAUGGACUGAUGCAGCUGGAAAGUUGGUCUCGUCCGAAGCUAUUUGGGUUACUGUUGUGUUACAAUGCCCCACUGGUAGCGCGAAAAGGUGCAAUUUUUUUCGUGUUUUUCUUCAGCAUUCGAUGGUAAAUAUUAACGGAACGUUAGUUAGAAAGACAUAUCACGCACAGAAGUCUGUUUUGUAGGCCUACGUAUGCAAGCAUGUUAGCUCGUAUCGAUUGAUGGCCGCUGUCAGCCGAACUAACUGUCCAUCAACAAAUCAAUCGCUCGCGGGAGUCGCUAGAUUUUACCAUCAACUAUCUUCACACAGUAAUACCUCAUUCCACUCGAACCUUUCAUACCCGCUGUAUCCUGAUGCUGCUUGUAAUGCAAAAAAGUAUUCAAAUAUAUAUGACUGCCAAAACAAGACGGUGCAUAUUCGGGAAAAAAGUCCAAGUCGCAAGAAGCACAACACAGCACUUUGUACAGGGGUUUUAUGGAGGUAAUUUAAUUGUAAGCGAUGUGUUAGGUGCACUGUUCCUGUGAGAAGAACGCGCAGUCGUGUUUUGUAAAAAA